GGAGAGAGCUUCUUCUUCUGUAUCUAUCUCUCCACGAGACUCGGUCUCAUACUCAUAUACUCAAAAAGCGUCUAUAAAAAUUAUAUUUGCAACUAUUCUGUAUUCGCGGAAAUAACUAAAGAGAUGGCUUGCAUGAAACUUGGUUCCAAAUCUGAAGUCUUUCAUCUAAGUGGUCACACAUGGGUUUGCUCAACUGGUCUUAAACCCGACGUGGUGAUCCAAGUACAAGACCAAACCUUCCAUCUCCACAAGUUUCCGUUGCUGUCAAGAAGCGGAUACCUAGAAGCUCUUUUCAGCAAAGCCUCCGAGACAGCAUCUCAUCACGCUCAGCUCCACGACAUUCCCGGUGGACCAGACACGUUCCUCCACGUGGCCAACUUCUGUUACGGCGUGAAAAUCGAAGUCACGGCCGAAAACGUCGUAACCCUCAGAUGCGCAGCGGAGUAUCUCCAAAUGAGCGAAAACUACGGAAACGCAAACCUCAUCUACCUCACCGAGAGUUUCCUAAACGACGACGUUUGCACAAACUGGGAAGAUUCCAUCAGAGCCUUGGAAAGCUGCGAGAAAAAGCUCCUACCUAUCGCUGAAGAGCUUGGCAUUGUCUCUAGGUGCAUUUCUUCUUUAGCCGUCAAGGCUUCUUACGCAGAGGACAAAAGUUUAUUCAACUGGCCAAUCUCAGCACCAGAAACAACCACUACUACAUUAUGGAAUGGUAUACAAACUAAGUCCACGAGUGGUAGUAACUGGUGGUUCAACGAUGUCUCAUCGUUCCUCGACUUCCCAAUCUACAAAAGGUUCAUUCAAACCGUUGCGUCAAGAGGCGUGAAGGCUGAUUUAAUAGCAGCGUCCGUCACGCAUUACGCGAAACGGAACCUUCCUUUGCUCGGUUGUUCUAGGCACUGUGGUUCAUCGUCUUCAGAGGAAGGUACUAACUACGGUGAUGACAUUUACUACUCUCACGACGAUCAACGAAGUCUACUCGAAGAAAUCGUGGAGCUGUUACCUAGCGAAAAACGCGUUGCUUCGACGAGGUUCUUGCUCAGGCUUCUUAGGACAUCGAUGGUUCUGCACGCUAGUGCGGUCACUCAAGAUAGUCUCGAGAGGAAGAUCGGUGUGCAGUUGGAUGAAGCUGGUUUAGAAGAUUUGUUGAUACCAAACAUGGGAUACUCAGCUGAAACACUCUAUGAUAUUGACUCUGUCCAGAGGAUUCUUGAUCACUUCAUGUUGACGUUUGAUUCUUCUUCAAGGUGUUACAAUAACGUAGAGGAGAAGCAACUGAUGGGAGACUCUGAUCAUCCUCUUAGGGCUAUGACGAAGGUUGCUAGUCUGAUAGAUGGCUACUUAGCUGAGGUGGGAUCUGAUGAGAACUUGAAACUAUUGAAGUUUCAAGCACUUGGUGCUUUGAUCCCUGAAGAUGUGAGGCCAAUGGAUGAUGGUAUCUACCGUGCUAUUGAUAUAUACAUCAAGGCACAUCCAUGGCUGACAGAAUAUGAGAGGGAGCAACUGUGUCUUCUAAUGAACUGCCAGAAACUGUCGUUGGAGGCAUGCACACACGCUGCGCAAAACGAGCGUUUACCUGUACGAGUCAUAGUACAAGUCCUGUUCUUUGAACAAAUGCGGCUUAGGACAUCUAUAGCAGAAUUGGACAUGGACACAAACAGCAGCAAUGAAGAGACAACCGGCAAGAAUCCGGAAUUAGAAGGAGGCAGCAAAACUAAAGGAAAUGCCAAGAUGGGGAUUAAGGAGAUGAAGGAACGUGUUUACGAGCUUGAAAAAGAAUGUACGAGCAUGAAGCAAGAUCUUUAUAAGCUUGUGAAGCCUAAAGAAGAACGCAACUUCUUCUCAAAGAUAUUUGGAUCGAGGUCUAAGACUAAGACUUCACCAUGCGGUGGAAAAGGUAAAGGAGGAGAGGAAGACACUCUAUUGAUGAUUCGUGAAACCAAAAACUGAUGGGGGAGAGUGGCAACUAAUAACGAGUGUUGUAUGGUCUUUAGACGUACUUACUUUGGUUCCAUUUUAUAUGCUUCGUGUUGGACAUUUAGUGACUCAA